AUGGCAUCAGAACAGACUUUAUCUGAGAGUUCCCCUUUGCUGACCUCUCGCAAUGCCACUGCACCUACCGGGGCUAAUGGCGUCUGCAUUCCCCAUGAUGGGUACUUGGAGUGCCCACAGCUUCAAGAUGUCGAAGGUCAGGCCAAAGAGCCCGUCGAAAAUACUCACAAUGAGCUAAAGUUUAUCAUUCCUGCUGUUUCUUUAGGUGGCAGCUCCCUGUUCACCACAAUAAAUUCUAUGGCUCACCUUCGAAAACAGGUUUUCCUGGCAGCAGCCGACAUAUCGAUCAUAAUGGCAAGUUACGGUCAGAUCGGGAGUGAUCUCAAGGCCCUCAACCUCACCAGCUGGAUUGCGACCUCAUACUUUUUAACAUUGACUUCAUUUCAACCUCUUUACGGAAAACUGAGCGAUAUUUUCGGUCGGAAGCCAUGUUUGUUGUUCGCAUAUACGAUUUUUGGAAUCGGCAAUUUGGGAUGUGGCCUUGCACGGAAUAUUAAUGAUUUGAUUGCGGCGCGUAUAUUCCAAGGUAUUGGAGGCGGCGGAAUGACGACUGUAGUCAAUAUCUUGAUGAAUGACAUUAUCCUCUUACGCGAUCGAGGUCUAUGGCAAGGGAUUAUCAAUAUCAUCUCGGCCACUGGGUCAGCUAUGGGCGCCCCGAUCGGUGGAAUUAUAGCUGACUAUGUAGACUGGCGCUGGGCGUUCUUGGCGCAAUUUCCGCUUUGUCUUAUUGCUUUUAUUGCUGUGAGCUCAAUGCUCAACAUUCCAGCUCAGGAUGAUUCAAACUGGAAACAAAAGUUGCAGCGUGUUGACUUUCUUGGAGCCACUGUGUUAGUUGGUGCUGUUCUGGGCUUACUUAUUGGCCUGGAUCGUGGCAGCAAUGUUUCAUGGUCAAUGCCACUCACUAUCAUUUCGUUGAGUGUUUCAGGCCUCCUGUUCGUUCUAUUCAUCCUUGUCGAGACUUAUCUCGCAGCUGAGCCUUUUGCGCCCGGUCACAUUAUAUUUAACCGCAAUUGCUUCUCCCUUUACUGCUGUAACUUCUUCAGUUUUGCGGGUUGGAUGGCUGUGAUAUUCUACACUCCGCUUUACUUCCAAGCAGUAGAUGGAGUUCCAGCUACUGUCGCUGGCGUACGCCUCCUGCCAAGUACUCUAUCUGGCGUGUCUGGCUCCCUUCUCGCUGGAUUUUUCAUGAAGAGAUUUGGAGUCUGCUACUGGUUGACGAUCUUCGGAUAUAGUUUCCUCGCCCUGGGCUGUUUGCUGGUCUAUUUCUCCUCCGGUGGUGUUAUGUCCAAUGACUCCGUGAACAUGAUUCUUGGAACAGUCAUGUCAGCAUUCGGAUGCGGUAUUGGUGUUGUUACUACAUUCAUCGGAUUAAUUUCGAGUGCGAAUGUGGAUGAUCGAGCGGUAGUAACUGCUUGCUCAUACCUUUUCCGAUCCUUGGGUUCGAUAAUUGGACUUUCUUUCUCAUCAAGCAUUGUGCAACAUCUUUUGCGCAAUCGACUUCGAUCUGAUCUGCACGAUACUGGCAGUAGAAGUAUUGACGAAAUUGUCAAUGGCGUCCGAGAAAGUCUAGAAUACAUCAAGCAACUGGAGCCCGAUACUGCUGGAAUCGUUCGGAAUUGCUAUGGUUGGGCAACCAGUAAAGGCUUUGGCUUUUUAACCAUAGUCGUAUUCUUCGCCUUGAUCAGUGCCUUCUUUAUGCGCGAAGCCAAGCUCGCCUGA